AUGGUCAUCGAAGGCAUCUACAAAAAACGCAAAAAAACAUACAACAGCCGGUGUUCGCUAAUGGUCACCCACUUAACUACUAAUCUGCCGGUUAGAGGCUUGUCUAUGGGGGAGCAGACGGGACCCCGAAUUCUCCUCUACCUAUGGUCGUAUGUACUUGGAUGCGGCACAGAAUAUUAG